CGCGAUAAGCUUACUUUUUCGACCUUCUUAUAGAUAAGUUCCUUUUUUUCUCCGUCUGAACAUACAUUUGUAUUUUAUACAAAAGUGAGUUUAAUUUACCCGAACAAUACUCAAAUACUUGGGUAUCGGUUGAAAAGUGUGUUUGUUUCGGGAAAUAUUUAUGGAUUUUCAUAAAACUAAGUAAUUACGACCGUUACACCUCUUCUCACUUAUCUGCAAAUGUGUAAGCCAUAAAUCAACAAUUGAACUUAAUCAUCGGAGUGCCGUAGAAAGACCACAGCUGACGAAGGAACAUGUCUAACACCGUGGAUUUAACACAUUUAAAUAUUGAGCUUUUGGAGGUUAUCGGAAAAGGAAACUUCACAAAAGUGUACAAAGCAACUAAUUGCCGCCAAAUAUUUUCCGCUAAAAUAUAUUAUGACUUUUACGGGGAUUACAAUUGGGUCGCAAUGAGAUGCAAGCAUCUAUUAGAAAAUAAACAUCCGAAUAUCCUGAAUUCUCAUGGUUCCGAAAAGAUAACAGGCAAAGUAAUUGCCGUAUUUAUGGAAUUCGCAGACGGCGAAUCGCUGUAUAACUAUAUACAUGGAUCAGGCAAAUAUACUAGAAAUAAUGCUCUCAAUUGGAUGGCCCAAUUGGCGAAGGGUCUUGCAUUUCUACACGACCUGAAGCCAAGUCCGAUAUUUCAUGGUAACCUGAAGCCGCAGAAUUUGUUUUUAUUUGAAAACUAUAGCUGCUUAAAGAUCGGUGAUUUUGCCAGCGGAGGGGAAGUUAUAUCAAACUGUUAUACACCACCAGAGGCAUGCCCAAAAACACCGCGAAAUUUCGAUAAGAUAGGACGACUCGAUCAGAUACACGCCUACAUUUUGAAGUCGAUAAAAGGGUGUUACACCGAAAAGUACGAUGUCUAUAGCUUUGGAAUAAUUCUAUGGGAAGUAUUUACACGCAGAAGGCCUGUUUUUAAAUACAAACGUGAACCACUUUUGACCUGUAUUCCAAAUGUCGGCGGCUCCAGCAAUAUUAAAUCCCUGAUUGCCAGAUGUUCGCAUGAUGAUCGACAUAGGCGGCCAAUGAUGAAAAAUGUGGUGGGGGACCUUAUUCGAAUCAGUAUAUGCAUUAAACUGUUUGCUCUGACUGACUGACUGACUGAUUGAGCUCUUAUUCCUAAGAGCUAGGAUGCUUCAAUUUUCACUGUAGUUACCUAAUUUUGGAAAAUUCCAUCCGC